AUGAGGCGGAGCUUCCCUCUGGUGUCGCGGUCGUUUUCCUCUCUUGCUCGCCAGCACGGCGCCGCUGUGCGAAGGAAGAGAGGCGACAAGGACGAAGGCAGUGCUCGGGGUGUCCUCGCGAUGUGUAAAGAAGUGAGUUGGCGGAGUCUCGGCGCGCUUUUGCUGCGAAGCCGCUCCAGUUUCUCCUGCGUGCGAGUCUUUGGAGCGGCAGAAAAGGAGGAAGGCGCCUCGACCCGGGCGAAGAGAGAGGAGGAAAUUGGCUCUGUUGAGCAAGAACUCCUUUCUAGCUCAUUUGCUGCUGAGGAAAGAGGCAGCAGACUCGAUGGCGGUCUGCUCAGGGCCCACUACCGUUCUCUCUGGCUCAAAAACGCGGCGGCGGCCGCAGCAGAUGGAAAGGGGGCACGCGGAACAAGACGACGCACCCCGUCUCGCGGCGUGGCGUGUGUCAGGGGCUUCGGCGGCGGCCUGAUCGCGCGGCGGCAAGAGAGAAAUGAGACAGAAAACACGCAGGAGUCUUUCGAACCUGCCUUUCCUGUACUGAGCAAUUUAUCCGUGUUCCAAAGAACCACGGGAAGAGCAGCAUUGCCUCAAAACGAGCGUGCGAAGUCGCCUGUCGACGCCUCCCAACGAACACCCACCAGAAGCGCGUCACUCGCUGAAGGCGUCACUGGCACCGGGUGUAUGUACACCUCGUCACAACUGAGUCCACUGCGUUCGCUUUCCUUUUCUCCUCCACAACCGGCAGGAACCGACACCUUGCGGUCUUUCGCGACGGAAGUCAAGCCCCUUGAGUGUCGCACGACGAAAAAUCACGAAAACCUGUGCUUAGGACACACACGCGAAAGCGAAGACCUUGCGGCCGACCAACGGGCACAGGACGAGGUCUUCACACCAACACCUGCCAUCGUCGGGCUGAGUAGUUUCCCCUCUACUCGUUUCUCUGCUCCUUCUCACUUUUUCUCUCCUCUCUCUCGCGACCACCUUUCCGAGUGGUGUGCGUCGGCUUCAACGCCUUCGGCGAAAAGUUCUCCCUUGCGUGCGAGCGGCCGUUCGCACGUGACGUCGUCCGCCGGGCUCGUCGAGUCGACUUCGGCUCUCACGCCGGCAUCUUUUCCGCCCUCGCAGACCUGUGCGUCUCUCUCCGCUCCCCGUUCUCUCCUUUUCUCGCGGCCUUCGGCAGCGCUGCUCACUGUGGCGUGCUGCGUGCUCACGUCGUCGUGUCCGUCCUUGCCAGUCGCGGCCUCUGGGUGCACGCAGCACUCGCUGUCUACGCUCGCGGCUUCAUCGCCCGUUCUUCGCUUCCUCUCUUCUCCCGCCUUCCGCCUCGGGAGACCUGAACAACAACUUCCGUCGUCUGCCUCGCAAGAAGCCGCCUGCCGUCGCCCGGGUGUGGACGCUGUCAACCGCCGCACCUCGUUCUUGGUUAGCGCUGCGCGACAGCAGGUCUCACCUUUCGCGCGCUCUGUUUCUCACGGUUCCCCUCCUUUUCGACGGUUUUCCGUGCCCUUAUCGCGGCGUCUCUCCUCGAUUCUACCUGGUUUCCCUCGCCUGCUGACACGCCCGGCGACCGCUGGCAGCUGUGCGUCUUCUCCCUCUUCCGCAUCCCCCCUCUCGGCGUUUUUCUCCUCGCGCGCGCUGUCCUCUCUGUCCACCCAAGUCACACCGGAAGGCACCAUGGCAGGCACUGCAGAAGCCGUGAGCUCGGGGUCCGCCACAGCGACCGAGACCGAAAAGAAGACCCAGGAGCAGCAGCACAUCGUCCUGAAGCCUACAAAGCAGCCCGUCGAAAAACACCGCUUGGACUACAAGCCGGCCGACUUCCUCAUCGACUUUGUCGACCUCGACUUCGAUCUCAACGAUGAGAGAACAAAGGUGACCUCGACGCUGACGCUGCACCGUCGGUCCCGGACGCCGCCCGCAGACUUGAUGCUCGACGGCGAGGACCUCGAGCUGGAGAGUGUGGAGCUCGACGGCCAGGCGCUCGCGCUUCGCUCUGCGGAGACGCAGAAGCAGGAGAAGAAGGAGGUCUACUCGCUGGACGUCGACGGCCGGCUCGUUCUGUCGCAGAGUCUGCUCCCGGCGGAGGCCGAGAAGAAAUUCGUCCUCAAAACGGUUGUCUACAUCAAGCCGAAGGAGAAUCUGCAGCUUAUGGGCCUGUAUAAAUCCGGCGCGCUCCUCGUCACCCAGUGCGAGGCCGAAGGGUUCCGCCGCAUCACCUACUUCCUCGACCGACCUGACGUCAUGUCGCUCUUCCGAGUGCGCCUCGCGGCGGACGCGAAGAAAUGCUCGGUGCUGCUGAGCAACGGCAACCUGGUGCAGUCGGGGAAGGUCGACGGCCAAGAGGGGCGCCACUUCGCCGUCUUCGAAGAUCCUUCGCUGAAGCCUUGCUACUUGUUCGCCCUCGUCGCGGGCGACCUCAAGUCCAUCAGCGACACAUUCACAACCAUGAGCGGCCGCAACGUCACAGUCUCUGUGUUUUCUGAGCCGCAAGACAGCAGCAAGCUGACCUGGGCGCUGGAGAGCGUGGUCAAGUCGAUGAAGUGGGAUGAGGAGCGCUUCGGGCGCGAGUACGACCUAGAUGUCUUCAACGUGGUCUGCGCGAAGGACUUCAACAUGGGCGCGAUGGAGAACAAAGGGCUCAACAUCUUCAACGCAGCGCUCCUCCUCGCCGAUCCGAAGACCACCACGGAUGCCGAGUACCAGCGCAUCCUGAACGUCGUCGGUCACGAGUACUUCCACAACUGGACUGGCAACCGCGUCACGUGCCGGGACUGGUUCCAGUUGACGCUGAAGGAAGGUCUGACAGUCUUCCGCGACCAGCUCUUCACAGCGGACAUGUGCUCAGCCGCAGUGAAGCGCAUCGAGGACGUCAUUUUCCUCCGCAGCCGACAGUUCGCAGAGGACAGCGGGCCUAUGGCGCACCCGAUUCGCCCCGAAACCUACAUCGCCAUGGAUAAUUUCUACACCGCCACCGUCUACGACAAGGGCGCCGAAGUCAUCCGCAUGUACCACACGCUGCUGGGCGAGCAAGGCUUCCGCAGGGGCAUGGAUCUGUAUUUCCAGCGACACGAUGGGCAGGCAGUCACCUGCGACGACUUCCGCGCGGCGAUGGCGGACGCGAACGGGCGCGACUUCUCGCAGUUCGGCCGCUGGUACUUCCAAGCCGGAACGCCGGAGAUCGAAGUCGUCAAGGCGGAGUAUGACACCGCGACGAAGAAGUACGUGCUCACGCUCAAGCAGCGCACGCCGCCCACCCCGGGGCAGCCUGAGAAGAUGCCGUUCCACAUUCCGGUCAAAGUCGGCCUCAUCGGAAGAACCUCGAAAACCGACCUCCUCAAACCCGCCACAAAGGUGUUGGAGCUGACGGAGGCGGAGCAGACGUUUGAGUUAGAAGACGUUCCCGAGGACUGCGUGCUUUCGUUCUUGCGGGAUUUUUCAGCGCCGGUCAAGGUGAUCAACCCGCACCAGACCGACGACGACAUCGCGUUCCUCAUGGCGCAUGACUCUGACGAUUUCUCAAAGUGGCAAGCUGCACAUACGCUCGCCGCGGGACUCCUGAAGCAGCGCGCGGAAGCCUGGCGCGAGAAGCAGGGCGCAGGCGUCGUCUUCGAGCCUCUCCCCAAAACGUACCUCGACGCCUUCAAGCAGACGCUUCUCGAGGAAGGACGCGACAAGUCUGUCCAGGCCUACACGCUGCGGCUGCCAGAUCGCGAGAGUGUCGCUCAAGACAUGAAGCCGAUCGAUCCCGAGGCGCUGAAGGAGGCCGCGGAGUCGAUUCGCCGUGAAGUCGGCGGUCUGCUCAAGCAGCAGCUCCUCAAGGUGUACGACAGCCUCGCUGGAUCCGAGCAGGGGAAGGAAAGCAGAGAUCAGGACGAGGUUGCCAGGCGUCGUCUGCGCAAUGUGAUUCUCUUCUUCUUGACGGGCGAGAAAAACAAGGAGGCGGCGGCGCUCGCCAUGAAGCACUUCCGCUCCGCGAAGGGCAUGACGGAGAAGUACGCGGCGCUGUGCAUCCUCGCCGACAUGGAGUCUCCCGAGCGCACCGAGGCCCUCGAGCAGUUCUACAAGGACGCAGAGGGCGACGCACUCGUGCUGGAUAAGUGGUUCGCCGUUCAGGCGCUGGCUGACCUGCCGAACGUGACGGCGACGGUGAAGGCGCUGCAGGCGCAUCCGGACUUCACUGCGAAGAAUCCGAAUCGUCUACGUGCGUUGGUCUUUUCCUUCACGCGCAAUCCGCAGUUCCACAGCAAAGACGGCGCGGGAUACGCACUCCUCGCCGACGCGGUGCUCGAGGUCGACAGCUUCAAUCCGCAGAUCGCCGCGCGCGGGGCUGGCGCCUUCCUCCCCUGGAAGAAAUACGACGCCAUCCGUCAGCGCGAGAUGCUCAAGCAGCUGCGCCGCAUCGCGCAGAGCCCUGGCCUCUCGCCCGACACGCUGGAAAUCGUGCAAAAGGCGCUCGCCGGCGCCGAGGAGGAGCCGAAGAACUAA